AUGCCUUCUGCUAUCUCUGCGCUGGACUCGGGAAAUCCAGAUGGGGAAGAUGAAUCUCGAAAAGCAUCAAGACUCGCUGCUAGAGCAGCUAGGUUCAACAAAGUCUUACCUGGUAACAGAUACAAGCAGCUGGAGGAAAUGCGAAUCAAAGAGAGAAAAGCUUUUGAGGAACAAGGAUUGAUCAAAGUUGGUAAAACACAAUUAGGUGAUGCAGUAGAUAUGAGAGGAACUUGUGAGAUGAUGUGUUCAGAAUACGAAAGGGAGUUUAGAGAGUAUACGAGAGAAGUACAUCCAUUCGAAAAAAUAGGAUCUGAAGGCAGAAUGGAUCCUUCGAAAGCUGUUGCAGCAUAUUCACGUUCUGAUGCAGGUGCAGGUCAUGGUGAUUCUGCUAUUCUCCCUUCUGACUUGAGAACUCCCAUAACCCUAGCCAGAACGCUAGAUUAUCUAUUUUCCGUCAUUAUGCCAACUCAUCCACCUUCAACGUCGAUAUCGCCUUGUACACCUCGUAAAGCACUUGGAUAUUCUGCAGGUUUCAUUCGAGAUAGGACAAGAGCUAUAAGGAAAGAAUUCGCCAUGCAAAGUAGUUGGGGUCAUGAAGAAGCCAUUGCAAGUUUUGAAAGAAUAGCAAGAUGGCAUAUUUUAUGUUUGAGAGAAUUACAAGAAGAAAGUGGUACAAACGUUGAUAUGCAUAUCGAUUCUGCCGAAUUAAAUAGAUGCUUUACAAGUUUAAGACAACAUUAUAAUGACCGAAGAGAAGAAUCAAGGGUGGAAUCACCUUGUCCCAAUGAAUCUGAAUUCACAGCAUACAUGUUGAUCUACGAUUUAAAUUCUAAAUCUGUUUCAAUACCAUUUUCAGAACUUCCAUCCAUCAUCAUAGAUGAUCCAUUAGUGAAGAUAGCUUGGGAAAUCCGUAGAGCCGCUCAAAGGAAUUUCGAUACACAAAAAGAAGGAUCAAAACAUAAUUCAGAAUUAGGAAUGAAUUUGAUUAAUCGAUUUAUCAGAUUACUCAAACAACCCAAGAUACCUUUUCUGUUAUCUUGUUUGGUCGAAAUACGUUUAAGGGAAAUGAGAAGAAGUGCAUUAAGAUCAUUAAGAAGAGCUUAUCCAAACUUGAAAAAAUCGGAUCCCAUAAGAUUAAACGAAAUGGGUGAAGUCGUAGAAAGGAAAAUGAUUUUAAUCAAAACAUUGGAUAAGAUAUUAGGUUGUGAGGAACAGGAAACGGAAGAUUCUGCCUGGGAUGAUAUAGAUUAUGAUCAUACAAAUCAAAAUCAAAAUCAGAAUCAAGAAUCAAUCGCUAUUUCUAAAAGAUUCAAUUUCGAUAUUUACGAAGAUCAUAAUGGACCCAUUGGAGCUUUGAUCAAUAUGGGUUCCCAAUAUAACGAUAAUAAAGAUGCUCCUUAUACGAGGAGAUGGAAACUCAUAACGGAGAAGAGAAGUGAUGCAAGUUAUGUCGAUAUCGUGAAUGGUCAAGCUGGCGUUCACAUGGAAGGUACAACGAUACCUCGAGUAACUCGACCUCAAUCAACAUCAUCUUUCAUUGCUGCCCCUGCCAACAAACUUCAAUCAACCCCAGCUUUCUCUUUCAAUAACCAUUCAUCCAUUCCAACCUUUACGGUCCCAACCUCUCAACCUACCAAAUCUGCUUCACAGACAUCAUUGGACUUCAAGUCACCUGGUCUCCCCCCGGACCAACGUGAAAUGGCUGCAAAAACAGAGAAGACACCAAUCACUGCUCCUCCUUCAUCAUCGGCGUCGCCGUCGUGGAUGGCAGGUACAUCAGCUUUCCCACGACCCAUGCCGUCUGCUGUUGAAGUGAAUAGUAUCCCAAAGCCUUCUGCACCAAUUGCCGUGCCUUCAUCUUCAUUCAGCUUCACGCCGCCUCCAGCCCAAUCGAGUGCAGUAGAGCCUUCAACAAAGAAGAAGAGAUCAGCGGAUGGAGAUCUGGCACCUUCCGCCAAGGCUCCCCUUUUCUCAUCACCUUCCCUCUUUGCGACGCCUGCCUCAUCUACGUCAAAGCCUCCAUCAUUUAUAGCAUCUCCCCCAUCAGCCUUGACACAACCAGCCAAACCUGUUUCACCGACGUUACCACCUUUCAGCAUCCCUAAACCAAUCUCACCGGUCACUUCGAGCCCUCUCAGCUCAUCUACUGCUUCACCCCCUCGACAAAGGAAACGAAUAGCCUCAUCGGUUUUAUCUUCCUCGACAUCGAAAUUGUCUUCAAGCGUACUAAGAAAGUCCCUCGCGGAAACACGCGAUGAUAGGCAAAAUCGUUUACACUCGUUACCGGAUAUCUGCGACUUGCUCGUAGAUGAUGUGAUCCAGCAGAUGAUUGCAGAUCAUCUCUCAUCUGACCUGGAACGAUAUGCGAAACAACAGAAGGCUGCGACGGAAUAUCAGCGACGAAAGGUUCUUCGUUCAGAAGCGAUCUUACAAUGGUCUCAAAGUAUCUUGACUCGUUUGGCAGAUGAAGAGACUAAGCGAAUUGCCAACAUUGCUCUAUUGGGAGAAUUGAAAAGACGUUACCUUACUAGAAGGGCUAUACGGUUUUGGCGAUCAUGGGCGAAGACACAAAGACGGAAUAGGGAAGAAGCAGAGAAGAAACGAGGAACUAUCUUCACUCAUCUUACAAGUAUGGGCUUAAGUAAAUCGGUAUCUUCAACACCAAGAAAUGAAAGCCCUGCUCCUAUAGGUGACAUUGAUAUGUCACUGGAAAUCGAGAGGAUGGAUGGAUUACAGAUUGACAUUGAGAUCAACCACGCUGAAAGAACAAAAGACAAUUUCUUUUCACCCUCGACCUUCUUAACAGCAAUCACACGUCAUGUUGGACCAUUCUUAUCACCUCAAGCUUCAUCCAACUCAACUUUCUUGCCAGCGUUUCAUACCAUAGUCUCAAUACCUCCAAGCGACUUUGGUAAUCCCCCAGAACCUGAAGUUCAAACUUGGUUAAAUAGGAAAUUCUUACCUUCCUCUAAACUCGAUGAGGAAUCGGAGAAUGAUUCGUAUGUUGUAUCAGGGGUAAUGUAUGACACCAAGAUCUUGGAAAGUGGCAUACCUCCACCUAGAUGGUGUUCCAUUGGGAUGUUCGUAUUCGAAGCUCCCAUGAACACUGAUGAUGAGAGGAAAUCGUCCGAAAAUACAGCAGACGCUCAAGAUAGGAUAGGAACCCUAUUAAAGGGAGUACAAACGAUAUCCAAUCGAUAUUCCCCUUCUUUGAUCGUCCUAACAUGGGAACAAGAGACUCUGGAAGAACUAGGAGAAAGAUUACAGAUUUCAAGAGAACUAUCGCAAUUCCCUAAAAAAGCAUUGGUAUCAUUGCAACUUUCGGAUGAUUUAGACGAACGUUUCAUGAAAGCGUUGGAGAUCUUAUUACCUGAAUUAACGAUAAAAGAACAAGUGAUUAUCAAUUUACAAGAAGUGAUUUCUAGGUUGUAUCCAACAUGGCAAAGAUUCAAUGAUAUAUCAAACAUUCAACUUCGCCAAAGACCGGCCGAGCCUGAUUUGGCGAUUACGAUAUUCAAACUUGGUGUGGGAUUAAUAAAUUCGAUUCCAUCUUUGGUUCAAUCGGCUUUAGGUUCAGUGGAAUUAGAAGAUCCAGAUAAAUUUAAUCCGAUCAUCUUGCCUCCUUUCCCUGAAGAAAACGCUGAUAUGUCAGAAGUGGUCGAACGCAUAGCUGAUUACUUCGAGCAUGAAUCACUCAAGGGAAUUGACGAUCUAGAUUUACUGGUUACUCCAAUGAGACAAGCGGCUUUACUAGGUCAUCCAUUACCCUUGAUACCAGCACUGCAAUCACUUUCAUUCCUCGUUUUGGGUGAGAUCAAAGAUACAGACUUGGAAUUAAGGAUAUUUUACCCUACUCAAACCCAUACUAAAUCAUUCAAGAAAGGUUAUUUGAACGCUCUGAGUAAAUCCUAUGAACAAGAAAUGGAUAAAGCCAUUCAAAAGAUACUUCCACCACCGCAAACUUGGACGAUUACCACAAAUACCAAUUCGAACAACAAUGACGAGUUGAUGGGAAUUGAUCAGUCUCCACCUCCGAAAGAUCAUCAUCAAUACCUACAUAAGAAAUCGCCGAAUAAAUCACCUAAAACCAUGGGCAAUGGUAAAAAAAGAGUGAGAGGAGAUGAGAAUAUCUCUCCGAACGCUAAGAGCGAAAGUAAAGCUUCUAAAAAUGCUAGAUUACUUAAAGCCUUGAAAGAUGUGGAAAAAACCUUGUUAUUGGUUGAAAGGGAAAGUAACGAGUUGGAAGUAUUGUAA